AUGGCGCCGCCAGCACCGUGCUGCUCAUCGCCGCUCCCCCGCCUCCCGGAAGCCACGAAGCAGACCCACCCCGCCGCCAGCCCGCCCAGGCCCAGAUGGGGCCCGAAGGGCCCAGAUCUUGGCCGAGCGGGCGCCGCCAGACCGCGCCGCCGCGUCGCCCCGCCGCCAACGGCGACGCCGCGGACCAGAAGUACGCCCCCGCUCGCGCCAGGAGCCCCCGCCGCCGCGCUGGACCGUCACCGCCUAGAAGCACCACUCGGGGUCGCCCCCGUCCCGCGCCGGUGGACACCCGAGAGGGGAAAGGCCAGGGGGCCGCCGCCACCAGCGUCGCCCGGGCCAGGCCCGCAGCGGGCGCCGGCGACGGCGGCAGGGAGGAAGGGGGAGGGAGAGUUGCGCGGGGGAGGAGGCUGGACGCGACUGGCCGCCCGCGGGGGCGACACGGUCGCGGGAGAGGAAAAGGAUCAAGUCACAGCCCCACCUCGAGCAGUUUCAAGCUAA